GCGGCAUGGCGGGCCGGCGGGUGAACGUGAACGUGGGCGUCCUGGGCCACAUCGACAGCGGCAAGACGGCGCUGGCGCGCGCGCUCAGCACCACAGCCUCCACCGCCGCCUUCGACAAGCAGCCGCAGAGCCGCGAGCGCGGCAUCACGCUCGACCUGGGCUUCUCGUGCUUCUCGGUGCCGCUGCCCGCGCGCCUGCGGCCGGCGCCGCUGGGGGCCGAGCCCGAGCCCGAGCCCGGGGCCGAGCCGCGGCUGCAGGUCACGCUGGUCGACUGCCCCGGGCACGCCUCCCUCAUCCGGACCAUCAUCGGCGGGGCCCAGAUCAUCGAUCUGAUGAUGCUGGUCAUUGACGUGACCAAGGGGAUGCAGACCCAGUCAGCUGAGUGCCUUGUGAUUGGGCAGAUCGCCUGCCAGAAGCUGGUCGUGGUGCUGAACAAGACAGACCUCCUACCCGAAGGGAAGAGACAGGCGGCCAUUGAUAAGAUGACCAAGAAGAUGCAGAAGACCCUAGAGAACACCAAGUUCCGAGGUGCACCCAUCAUACCCGUGGCAGCCAGGCCUGGGGGACCGGACGCCCCUGAAACGGAAGCUCCACAGGGCAUCCCAGAGCUCAUUGAGCUCCUGACGUCCCAGAUUUCCAUCCCAAGGAGAGACCCCUCGGGACCGUUCCUCAUGUCUGUGGACCACUGCUUCUCCAUCAAAGGCCAAGGCACUGUGAUGACAGGGACCAUCCUCUCAGGCUCCGUCAGCCUCGGGGACAGUGUGGAGAUCCCCACCCUCAAGGUGGUGAGGAAGGUGAAGUCCAUGCAGAUGUUCCACACACCCGUCACCUCUGCUGUGCAGGGGGACCGGCUGGGCAUCUGUGUCACCCAGUUCGACCCCAAGCUGCUGGAGCGUGGCCUGGUGUGCGCCCCCGAGUCUCUGCACACGGUCCAUGCAGCCCUCGUGUCCGUGGAGAAGAUCCCGUAUUUCCGGGGAUCCCUGCAGACCAAGGCCAAGUUCCACAUCACCGUGGGCCACGAGACGGUCAUGGGCCGGGUGAUGUUCUUCAGCCCUGCCCCCGACGGCUUCGACCACGAGCCCGUGCUGGACUCCUUCGACUUCUCCCAGGAGUACCUCUUCCAGGAGCAGUACCUGUGCCCGGGCUCAGUGCCGGCCGAGACAGACGGUGGGGAGGCCGACAGGAGGGUGGGCCAGGCGUCCGAAGGCCGCUGCCCCCGGCAGCAGUGGGCCCUCGUGGAGUUCGAGAAGCCCGUCACCUGCCCGCGGCUGUGCCUGGUGAUUGGCUCCAGGCUGGACGCGGACAUCCACGCCAACACGUGCCGGCUGGCCUUCCACGGCGUCCUGCUGCACGGGCUGGAAGAUAAGAACUACGCCGAGAGCGCCCUGCCCAGGCUGCGAGUAUACAAGCUGAAGCACAAGCACGGCAUCGUGGAGCGGGUGAUGGACGACUACAGUGUGAUCGGCCGCUCGCUGUUCAAGAAGGAGACCAACAUCCAGCUCUUCGUGGGGCUCAAGGUGCAGCUGUCCACCGGGGAGCUGGGGGUCAUUGCCAGCGCCUUCGGCCAGAGUGGCAAGUUCAAGGUCCACAUCCCUGGUGGCCUCAGCCCCGAGUCCAAGAAGAUCUUGACACCCACCCUCAAGAAGCGGGGCCGCGCCGGCCGAGGGGAGGAGGCCGGGCAGCCAGAGCCCGUCCAGCACGUGGCUCUCAGUUUGUCUUUCAAACGCUACGUCUUCGACACCCACAAGCGCAUGGUCCAGUCUCCCUGAGUGCCCGCCGGCCGCCCCAGGGCACCUUGCCCAGGCCCGGGGGCCACAGUGCCACAUGUGCCUCCAGGCUCUCCCCGGAGCCCCCGCGCCCCCCCGCCAGGGGACAGCACCGUGCAGGAAUGGGCUUCGGCUCCACAGCUGGUGGCCGGUGUCCCCCAGGCUGCCCGGCUGGCGGCCAGCGCUUGCCAGUCGCAAAUAAAUGGCCCGUGGUGCCGCCCGUUCUGCUGGUCUCUGAUUUCCUGGGGCCCCCCACCCUCCCAGAUCUGUUCCCAAGGGCGAGGUCGGGAAUUGCCGGGGCUCCUGCCGAGAGCAGGGCUGGGGAGGGACCCGUUGGGCUGAGGGGGUCCACAAAGUGUCAGGCCCUUAGGUCAGGCUCGGUGGCCCCUCGGGUCUCCUGGGCCUUGAGAGAGUCCGGGAGUCCUUGGGCAGCCGAGUCCAGGAAGGGCGCCCAGGGGUGUCUGGGAGCAGCGGGUGCCAGGCCAGUGCUUCGGGGCAGAAGGCAGGCUGGGGGGUUUGGCCCUGCAUCCCAACUCCAGGAGUCCCCAGGCCUUGUGCCUGCAGCCGGGCCUCUCUCGAGCCCAGCAAGCCCCGCCCUGGCUCCUCUGCCCCCUGUGCCUCAAGCCACCCCACCCUGCAGCCCGACCUGGCCAUACUCAGAAAAGGGUGAAGUGGCAGAGCUGACGGGCUGAGGGGGUAUCAGAGCUUUUAAAGACAUUUGCAGGAUGAACACAUGUUCCAGAGUCCCUUUAUUUGGCCUCCAGGUGGACGCAGAGGCCUCCCUUUUACCCUGGUAAUCGGUGUAUUAUGCUUUAAUUUGCAACAAUGGCAUUAAAAAUAUUAACAGGGAUGGCUCAUAAUCAGAUGACUUGGGCCUGGUAAGCCCUGGAGCCAAGGGCCCCGGGCAGAGAAGGAUGCUGUGGACCCGCCGGGCCUGUGCGUGGUGGCCGUGCUGGGCAGCGGGCAGGCCUAAUCCAGCGCCAGCAUGGGUGCCGGCAACAGUGGUGGCAGCCACCCCACGGCAGCCCUCACAGGGUCCCAGACGUCAGGCCAGGCAGCCGUCAGGGCGACAGCUGCGGGCUAGGUGGGCAGGGACAGUCCGGGCCUGGCCCCCAUCCCCCCGGAGCUGGGAAUGGGGCGGGGGCAGCUGGCGCUGCUGCAGCACCGUCAGGAAGCUCCCCUGGGAACCGUCCCCGACACCCCACCAUGCGCCAGGCUCCGGGCCCCACUCUCCUUUAGCCCCACCCCUGCCCUGCACCCCAUCUCACCAGGGAGGCGGUACCACCUGGCUGAGGCCGCCGUAGGUCACAGGGUGGGCUCCCAGCAAGGACUUCAGGCAGAGGCCCCGCCCCCAGCCCAGUCCAGUCCAAGGGGAGCAGGAAGGGCCUUCACGAGCACCUGCUGGUACCAGGCCCCGGGCUGGCCGCUCCCGUGGGUACUCGGCCCUUUGGAGGGGACGCUGGCAGGGCUGGGGCCUCCCGGGACUCACCCCUCAGACGAGGAAACCUUCCUUCGUCGUCCUCAGUGCGUGGGGAGCUAGGUGGGCACCACUGGGACCUCCAGCCAGGCCAAGUCCUCCCCGACUGAGGGCUGUGAGGGUGACCUCUCCCUCCAGGCCCCCUCGGGGUGGCCCUGCCCUGCACAGGCUGUGACCGUGAGCACAUCACUGUCUAGCUCCACGUGAGGGGUCACGUGACCCAGCGGGGCGAGGGGUCCUCCGUGAGCAGGUGCUAAUUCUGGGGGCAGAUCCCUGGGAGAGAGGGGCCCCAAGCCACUGCUGGGCGUCACAUCCUGGCUGCCCACUGACCAGCACUGUGCCCUCGGGCAAGUCCCGGCCUCUGCCCGGGUCCCUGGGUACAGCAGGAGAGUCAGAGCAGCAGCUGGCCUCCGUGUCCCUGCAGCCGUGGGAGGGGGACCAGUAGAUGUUGUCUCCCCACCGGGAGACUGGGGGCCUGAGCACCUCUCUGCGGUGGUGUGGGCAGCCCAGACCCAGCUCUGCCCCCAGUCGGCCACUUCUCCAGGACCUCUGAGGGUGCCCACGUCUCGCCUGAGGGCAGCACUCUUCGGAGCCCCGGGAAGCAGGCGGGCUCAGGCCGAGGGAGCUAAGGCCCAGGGAGGAGGGGGCAGCCGAGCCGCGGUACAGGGAGGGGCUGCCAGGGUGCAGUGAGACUGCCCGCGUGGCCAGCGGCCCAGGAGGGGACGCUAUCAGGUCUGGCAUCGGUCGAAACCCGAGCACCCCAGCUGCGUCGGCGGGGCGCAGCCUUUGAAGGGGGAGCACGGCGGGCAGGUAGGGUGGGGGCCGGCGCCUGGUGCUCUCCGGAGCAGUGUCCCCCUUCCCUUGGCUCCAGGCACCCCCAGACCUUCCACGUUUCGUGGAAGAGAGGGCUACAGCGUGCGGAGCCCACCGUGGCAUCAUCACGCACGUGAAGUCGCAGAAUACGCUCACCCACCGCAGGGGUGGCCGGCGGGGCAGCCGCGGGGCCCAGCCACUGCCUCAGGUGGAGCUGGGAUUUGAACCCCGGCUCUGGACACCUCCAGGGCCCCCCUCGCCCCAGUGCCUCAGCUGUGCCCUGGGGUGGGGGCCGCCCCGCCCGCCUGCCCCCCAGCAUGAAGUCGUGGGCAGGCGCCCUGCCACGGACUGGGGCAGGAGGGGCGGCCGUGAUCGGCAGGCCCGGCCGGCUGGCUGGCUGGCGGGGCUAAUGCACCAGCAACGAGAUAAGGCUUAUCUGGAAACGUCUCUGGAAUUGAGACUCUGAUGGAAACAGGCUUCUGGGUUAAUAUACUUCUGACAGAUAAAGUGGGAAGCCCUGGGGGCCCGGGGCAGGAGAAGGGGCAGCUCCUGUUCUCCCAGGCCUCCUACCCUGGCCGGCGUGUGUGCACACGUGUCUGUGUCUGGGCGUGCACACGGAUCUUGGUCUCUGGGUGUGUGUGUCUCAUUUGCGGAGGCUUUGUCAGGCUGGGUGUCUGGUGAAGAGGUGGGUGUCAGGUCCAGUGUGCACAGGGUGGGCACACACAUUUGUCCAGGGCCAGUUUGUCCCUUGGGCCUCUUCCCCAGGACCUGGUGGGGUGGGAGUGGGGCUCAUCACGCCCAUUCCGCGGACCCAGAGCUUCUUUGAGGUGGCCCAGGACCCUCUCAGUGCCGGCUCACCCUCAGGCGAUCCAGGCCUCAGGCCUCCCCAGUCUCCUCACGGGGCAUAGAAUUUCCAGGUUUCCUUUGAGGGGGCUGAGGCCAGUCCUGGCCAUGGCCUCCCAGCUCCAAGUUCAGCCAUGUCUGUCCCCCAUGGCCAUGACUAGAGUGAGGAAGCUUCUCACUAAGGGGCCACCUGGGCGAGGUCUUGAAGAGAGAGUAGCAGUUUGGGGCGGCGGGUGGGGGGGGAUGCUUCGGCAGAGGGGACAGCAGGAGUGAGGGCUCUGGUGGGAGUGUGGAGUUGGGGGGCCUGCGAGAGGAGGGACAAGGUCACGGCUCCCCGGUCUCCCUCCAGCCCUGGCUGGGCCUCCAGUGGCCCCCGCACUGGCAGGUCUGAUUAAAAAGAGUAAUUAAUGCCUGGCUGAUAACACAGUCGAGCCAUUAGUUAGGCAGCUCGGCCAGUGCCAGGGCCUGACUGCUGCACGGCACCCAGGCAGCAGGGAUGCUGGGCAUGGGGCGCUGUGCUCCCUGGGGCAGUUGACCCCGACCCUGGGCUCGCGGGGUCUGCUGCGGGAGCACCGUUCCCUCUGCCGAGGGCCUGUGGCGGGGCGGGGAGGCAGUGGGGGCAGCUGUGGAGGGAGGCUGGGCCGAGAAGAGGCCUUGAAGGGCCUUGAAGGGCAGAGGCAGGGCGAGUGUGUCCGAUCAGCGUUCGAGACCCCCCCCCGCCCCCGCCCCGACUUCCGACCAGCACUGGACACUCCUGGCCGAAUCCCAGGGCCUCCCGGGGGGCGGGGGCUUCGUGGGCUGGAGGAGGACUCCAAGGUUGGCCGGUGAUGGGCCAACGGGAGGCCGAGCAGGCUGAGGCCCGAGGCCCCGGGGGGAGGAAGGGGACAUGUGGGAGGUCUGGGGCUUCGACGCAGGGCGUGGAACUUGGCGGCAGGGGCAGAGUACAGAAGAAGCCCAGAGCUGGUCAUUCGGCAUCCACCAAGCACCUCCUGUGUGCUGGACGCGGCGGGGCGGGGGCAGCCCUGGAACCCCCACCCAGGCCAGCAGGUCAGAGGUCGUGCACCCACGAGGUAUUGCUCAACCCCCCACUGUUAUCACCGGGUCCGGUGGGGAGACGGUGCAGCAGAGAGGAACGGCCACUUCCUACGGCCACAGCUGGGCUCUAGAUAAAGGCCCACUGGGAGCCCCGGCCAACCUGGGGAGGGCCAGCCACCCACCUCGCCCCUCAAGGGACACCCCCCAGACUCAGCCUCUAGGCUUCCCGCACAGUCACCGCCAGACAGGGCGGGCGCCCAGCUGCUGAGUGCCACCCGUCCUGCUCGGGCCGGGGCUUCCGCUCGCCU